CAGCAACAGGAGCUCCUGGCGUUGAAGCACCAGCAGGAGCUGCUGGAGCACCAGAGGAAGAUGGAGAACCACCGGCUGGAGCAGGAGCUGGAGAAGCAGCAGAGGGAGCAGAAGCUGCAGCUGCUCAAGAACAAGGAAAGAGGACAAGAGAGUGCUGUGGCCAGUACUGAGGUGAAGAUGCGUCUCCAAGAGUUUGUCCUGAACAAGAAGAAGGCGCUGGCCCAGCGGAGCCUCAACCAUGGAGGCCUCCCCAACGACGCUCCGUACUGGUACCGCAAAACCCAGCACAGCUCUCUGGACCAGAGCUCGCCACCACAGACUGGUGUGUCCACCUACAACCACCCCGUGCUGGGCGUCUACAACCCUCGGGAUGACUUCCCACUGCGAAAAACUGCCUCGGAGCCCAACCUGAAGCUGCGCUCCCGGCUGAAGCAGAAGGUGAGCGAGCGGAGGAGCAGUCCACUGCUGCGUCGUCGAGACAGCCCCAUCACCACGGCCAAGAAACGCUCACUCGACAUGGCAGACUCUGCAUGUAACAGCGCCCCGGGCUCAGGACCAAGCUCCCCGAAUAACAGUUCCAACAACAUCCCCAAUGAGAACGGCAUCACUGUGUCAUUGUCUAACAACACAGAGGCGUCUCUGGCCCAGAGGCUGAGCAGUGGCGCAGAGCAGGGCUCCGUUAACCAGCUGUCCCUCUACACUUCGCCAUCCUUACCCAACAUCACCCUGGGGCUGCCCGCAACUGCCACGGCCACUGCUGCUUCUAACGUGACCUCGGCCCAGCAGGAUGGAGGUCUGCAGCCGGCCCUCUCUCUCAGCCCUCCUUUCCUCUCCGGUGGCCACUUGACCCCCUACUUGGCUGAGGCGGGAGCAGGAACUGGCGGACAUGGCGCUCACAGUCCGCUGCUCCAACACAUGGUGCUCAUGGAGCAGAGCCAGGCACAGAGCCCCCUGGUGACAGGCGUGAGCGGCUUGUCCAUGUCGCCGGCAGCGUCCAUGGUGAAGCUGCAGCGACAGCACCGGCCCCUGGGGAGGACCCAGUCAGCCCCGCUGCCCCAGGGGAGCGCCGCACAGGCCCAUGCCCAGGCCCUGGCCCUGCAGCAGCUGGUGGUGCAGCAGCAGCACCAGCAGUUCCUGGAGAAGCACAAGCAGCAGUUCCAGCAGCAGCAGCUCCACCUCAACAAGUUGCCAAGGGCUGCCUGUAAGGUAACCGUGCGCUGCCAUGGCAACGCAGCGGAAGCCAUCGCCUUAUAUGGUCAGGGAGGAAGCGGGGCGCCGCUGCUCUGGACGGUUUUACCUAUUCGAGCAGAGUACUCGCUGGAGGAGAG